UUCAGUUCGACUCGAUAUUGACAACAUUGACUGUGUGGUGUAGUUGUUGUCUAAUAUUUUCACAGAUUCGGCUGGAUUUAGAAAUCUGAUUUCAAGGACAACUUUACCAAGACAGAGACCAAUAGUUUAUUUAUUUGUGGUGCCUAUGUGUCCUGCAACCUGCAGAGAGUCACAUCGCCGAGGAUAUUCCUACACCCUUGGGGGUGUACGACAGGAAACAGGGUAUCAUCUGUGGAUUUGAAUCCACGCUACACGUCCAGUAGUGUCUGAUUAUGAUGUCAGAAGUCAUGGUGUGUUUUACAUGUUGUAUAACCGAGCAGCCCCAGCCAGCGAAGCGACGACGUCCGAAUAUUGAUCGGAGCAUGAUAGGAUUACCGACAGAUUUCCGACACACAGGCCACAUAGGAUCCGGGGAGAUGUCCAAUGGAACUCAGCUCAAUUCUAUACAGAAACAGAUGUCGUCUAAAGGUGGCUACGAGUAUGUGUCACCGGUACAAGUGGAUCUAAAGGUAGUUGAAGUACAGAAUCAACGCGAAUCAUGAGACAGAUUGUCUUUUCCCUCGUUGAUCUUUCACACUUCAUCUCAUUGGACUUGUGGUGCCACCUAGUGGCAAUGAGAGGAAACAUUAAGUGAUGAUGGAUCAAUAUUCGAAGCAUUCCUUUAUAACGUGACGGAUGGAACGAGACAGGAAUAAAAAUGCAAUUUUGUAAAUAAUUUCAAAGAUGCUGGUGAGACAAGUUCCACCUGUGUACAGGAUGUAAUCAUUUUGUUGAAGAACCAGAUGUGAUGAGAAUUUCUUGGAAUCUGGAAUGAUAAGACCGUACCUAUUCAGAGCCACAUGGUGUCACCUUAAACAGUUUUUCGAAACCAGUCGCAGUUCAUGUUCAGACGUAAUAUCAACCUGAGUGCAGGUUACUCUACGUCGACUUGACAAAAACACAAUGAAAGAAUAUUAGGCUGUCGGAGUGGUGCAGUGGUAGCGUCAGUGCCUGUCACCUCUGAAGUCCCGAGUUCGAUUCCUAGUCGGUUCUGGCACACUCGUGUGAUAGAGAGGGCGAUUCCUUCGACAGCGUAGAUUUCCUCUGGGGUCUCCGGUUUCCUUCUACUUGCAUUACAAUCGCCCAAUAUUGUCUGAAGAGCUAAUAAUGUCUAUCUCAAAGCUUAGUCAGUACAUUUAAACUUCUCUAAUGUCGUCCAUCUUAUUCCGUGGCUUAUGGGUCUGAGUUCUCCAUGAUAUAAUUAGAGAGGAAAUGGCCAGUGUGUGUGACGCUCGGGAAAGGCCAUCACACGCGUUAUAGAUAGUGCAGAUGGAAUAAUUUCACCAAAACAGCACCAGACGUCAUGAUUUUGUUUUCCUGCAAUGUACAGCACUGGUACGAUUCCUGCAAUGUACAGCACUGUAAUAUUCAAGAGGACAUUAGGGCAAAUCUGCGCUCGAGAAACUUUCAGCGAUGAAUUAUCAUCUCGAUAUCCUUCCCGCUUAGUUCGGUUUGUAAUCCUGAUUUCCUCGAUAGCUGGCGGCAGCCUGCUGCUGUUAUCUAACGUCAUCUAUCUUUGGUCUUGGAGUGAGAGACCUUGCUACCGGCUGUCCUGGCACUGUCAAGAUGAUAUGUUAUCUACCUGAAUCAAUAGAUCACAUGUUGUCAAGAAUUACCCGAUCCAAGAAUUAUUUUCUAACAGAAUAUGUAGGAAUGUGUAGGAUCUCAGUCGGUUUAAGUUUUAGCCCUCUUGCGCAGAUUUGCAGUAAUGGACACUCAACUUUGUAUAAAGUCACUCGAAUUAUUUUGUAAUGUACAAAGUUAUAUGGGCAGAAACCUAAAUUGUAAAUGUGUCUCUCCGCAAUUUUUGCAGUGGAAAAUGUUUUUGUGGGGCAGAUAGGUUCCUGAUUUUAUCACAUGCCAAGACGCCAUCGAGGUUUAGCGCAAACCUGUCUCAAAAUCGCAUGUGAUACCAAUGGUGGCAGUUAAUUCAUGAUCUAUCAGCUGAACUUUAUUACAAAUGAUUUUAGAAGCAGCAAAACAACUAUAUUCGAACUUUGUCAAGCGUUAAAUCCAAUAUGCUUCUGGAUCACAUGUUUGCAUCACAUGGGUGCAAAUGAAAUCUGUGAUGUACAACCUCUCUGAUAUGUCGUGGUCGUUGUUUCGUCGAGCUCAAUUGACGUCAUUCAUUGACCUACUAUUAUAACGACAUUGCAUCAUUACUUCGGGUCAUCACGACGCAAUUUCAUCUCGGACUCUGGAAUGAAAUUUGCAUGGAUUCCAGUUGAAAAAACCUUAAACUACUCAUGAAUAAUGGUAUGUGAUAUCAAACAGAAAACAGUACUCGUCUGUUUUUGAGUGAAUAUAUCACAUGAGUGGUUGUCUGGGCCAAGACAACUACAUAUGUGAUAUUUCCACUCAGAAAUGGCCUUGAGUGGUUUUCUUGAUGUCUUGAUCACUUGAUAAUGUUUGGCCGUGCUUGUGACUGUGGUAUCGACAUGUUUGUCUCUUCAGACACUUCACAGACAAAACUUUCCAUCUUCGAAUAAUUGAUAGGCCCAUGGAUGGAAUGAUUAUCACAAACUAGGUUUAACACUCAGAUCCCAUCAUAGAAUCUAUGAUGGGUCAUUAUAGAUUCUAUAGAUUCUAUAAUGGCCCAUCAUAGAUUCUAAAUAUUCUAUAAUGGUCCAUCAUAGAUUCUAAAGAUUCUAUAAUGGUCCAUCAUAGAUUCUAUAAUGGCCCAUCAUAGAUUCUAUAAUGGCCCAUCAUAGAUUCAUAGCUUCUAAAUAUACUAUAAUGGCACAUCAUAGAUUCAUAGAUUCUAAAUAUUCUAUAAUGGCCCAUCACCGAUUCUAUAUAUAUAAUCUAUAAUGGUCCAUCAUAGAUUCUAUAAUGGCCCAUCAUAGAUUCAUAGAUUCUAAAUAUUCUAUAAUUGCCCAUCACAGAUUCUAUAGAUUCUAUAAUGGUCCAUCAUAGAUUCUAUAAUGGCUCAUCAUAGAUUUAUAGAUUCUAAAGAUUCUAUAAUGGCCCAUCAUAGAUUCUAUGAUAUCAUAGCUCCAAUGAUGGCCCAUGGUAGAUCCAUGGUAGAUCCAAUGACAGUGGGUCCCAUAUAAAUGCACACGAACAGCAGAGUACAAAACCCAUUUGAGUAACAGUCUUCAGAUUUCUGAAAAAUAAGAAUAAUUCACCUAUUCUAAGAGCGAUUCUUCUAUCACCCAUCAGAAAUUCUGAUAGAAUCAAUGAUAGGCCCGUGGUAGAAACAACCAUGUGUUAUCCAUUGAUCUAUGGUGUAUUUCUCCAUUAUAGAUCCACAUGCGUCAUAGUAGAAUAUAAAAUCCAUGGAUGGAGUCUUUCACCUUUGUUGACCACCACUUGAUGUACAGGCAACAUUGAUAGAUGCAGUCCAACAUGGUCCAAUAUCACAGCUGUGUAAUUUGUAAAGAACGUAUACAUUAUUUUCUACAACAUAUUUCUAACCUAAUUAUAUUUGGCCAUAAUGAAACAGUCGCUUAAAAAUUAUUGGAUGCAAAAUUUACCGCCUUUCUUUUGAAAAUCAAGUAUUUUUGUUCUAAAUUCGAUGUUGUUCAAUUUUGAUGGGAUUGAAAUCAGAAAUCCUCAGGCCAUAGAUUGGAAAAUGACAGAAGGUGCUCUCAAGUUUGUUGUUUGUUUUCUUAUAGUUGAGUGGGAAGAAAUGAUAAGAAAUCUGAUGUCACAUGAUGGGUUGAUCAAACUAAUCAAAAGUGAGUUAUGAACAAAAAUAUACCACAUAAGCUUAUCAGGCCCCUUGUGGUUGAUCAGUGCUGAAUGGGUUGGACGUAAUGAUGGCUUUUAUUAGCAUUUCGGGCACAGGGAAUAUAUUGGCUUCUCAUGUGUGCAUUUGUAGAUCUUCUCCUCCUGUGUUUUACGAAAUGGAAUUUAUUUGCGAGUUUUCACGUAUAUUUUGCAUCAAAUAAUUUGUGACCUUUCGAUCAUGUCUUCCAAUGCUUGCAUAUAUCGAGGCCUUCCCUUUGCUGCAGCAGUCUGAUAGUCCUAUCACUAUUUAUUGUACUAAAUGAUUUAUCAUAUUCUUGCAGCUUGGGACGGAUAAGUUUGGGUGCAUUUUAAUUUGCACAAAACUGUAUGCUUUGAACUUCAGUGUUUUCAUACAUGUACAGUAAUUUCAUAAUAAAACAUAGCACCUUUUCAAAGUCUUCAGCUAGACACUACAUAACCAAACAUGCCGGUGGGAUCUAAAAGCCACAGUGCUUUGAGGAUUUCAGACUUUUUCCUCUCACGAAAGGCUAAUUUUUAUAGCUGGAAUGAACUGACAUCCAUCUCAACUCUCGGUAGAUCUUCGAAUUCUCAAGAUUGGACAAAAAAUAAGCAUUUUAGUGCUGACCAAAGAAUGAGGUUUUUACGAAUAAAAAGUGUCAGACUUUUUGCCUGACCUUAUUGACAUCCCUGGUUCACAAACAGCACCUGGAAAUCACUUUGCUAGACUGGCAAGAACACUGCUGAGAUACAUCAUAUUUUGUAAAUUUUCUGAAGAUUUUGAUCAAAGUUGUUCUUUGAAGAGAAAGCAUUUGAUAACUUGUAAACUUGUGUAUGACGUGAUAUAUUUUCAAAUGUAUUGCCAUGUAUUGACCAUUCAGUGCUGGUUUCAACUGGUGUUGGCCUUUAUGUCCAGAGCCUAAAAUUUCAUGUGUAAGUCAUACACUUUUGGUAUUUUAUUUAGGAUCAACCUUAGGAUCACAUCAAUUAAACUACUAAGAGGUCUUAUAUUUUUCAUUUUGAUUUAUUAACAGGUGAAACAUGGAUUAGGGCCCAUGAAAAGGAAAAUUGAACUUCUAAACCCCCCCCCCCCCUUCACUGUGCAGUGAAAGCAUUUUGAAAAAGGCCCAGGCCAUGCGUUCAAACGUUGAAAUUUUGAUUCGAAUUCAGUCAUUAGUAAAAAAAAAAAUUUAUUUUGUUUCAUUGGCUCACCAAGAGUAAAAAUCUUUAUCACUUCAAAUUAGGACAAGUGACUUAAUACCCCAUGUUCUUUUAACUACUUUUCAAGGUCACUUUAGGCGUAACCUUGAAAAUAAGUAGGGAAAAGAGCCUGGCAUAUAACACGGUCAACUGGCAUAAAUUUUAGAGUGUAACUGGGGCAUGUUUCUUAACCACCAGGGCUUUUUUACCAAAAUUUGUUGUAAUGACAGUCAGUGUUUAUUAUGACAGCUUACAUGUAGGGUAAUGUGCCUAGAUAAUUUUCGUUUUUCGCAACAUAACCUACAUGUAGUGUCUGACCUCCUGGUAGCCAUCUUUGAAAUUUGUUUUUGCCUUUUCGAAGCAACAUUAUAUCAUCUGGUGGCCUUGGAAGAAUGUCAAGCUUUUAGGAGUUAAAUAUCUCAAGGAUUAUUCCAGACAUAGCAAUGGAAUAUAUACCCUGAAUUUACACUGAAGUUCAGUCAAAUCUGAUUCGUCACUUGGCCGCCAGGGGGCCAGAAUCUGAAAACCUCAAUUAAAGCAACAUUGUACGUCUCAAAAUAAAUGUAACUUAGUCGGUGGUCAGCUAUAAUGGGUUGGUUAACCUGAAUUCUCCAAAAAAUUAAAAAAGUAUACAAAUGUAUGUCACACCACUGGGCCCUGGAUUACAUGCAGCAGAGAAAUUUUGUUGGGACCUUUUGUAAAUAGGCUGUGGGAAGUGGAGGGGGGGGUGGAUUAGAGAAAACACUUGUGAGCAUGCUCAGUGUGAGCACAGGCUACACUGAUACCUGAUGAGAGAAAUACAUUACCUCAUUCCUGAAUAUGUUAUUGUUACCAGUUCCUCUUGAUAUAUAUUUUUAUAGUUCGAAAAUGAAGAAAUAACAUAUUAAUGCUGGGAAAGACAUUUGAAAUAUGAAUUUUUUUUCAUGGUGGCCAGUGAGAUUCUCCUGAUCUAAAGGUUGAAAACACCACUUUUGUUCAGUUAGCAAUCAUGCAAAGAAUUUCAUCGCAAAACGAGAGGUUCUUGCCAUUUUGGCAUCAAAGUUUUGAAUUUAACUGAAAAUGCAUUGGAAAAUUUGGUACAUUUUCGAUUAUAAAGUUUUACUGUUGACUUGAAUGUCCUGAAAUUUGGAGGCAGAUCAGUCAUUAUAUCAGGAAUGCCGAAAUUUUGGAUAUGACGCAUAUCGCAUUUUGCAAUGAAAAUCUUCAUUUAAAGGAUCAGUGUAUAAGUGGAAAGUGGUUUUACCUUAUAGUGUAUGGAUCAAAUGAGCAGAAAGGGUGCUUUAACCUUUACACCCCCAUUUCCCUGUAUGGACUCUUCCAGUUAAUGCAUUAGAACAGUCCAUAUCGGAAAGUGGGGGUGUAAAGCUAAAUUGACUUUUGACGGAGAGUGUAAUCAUGUCGUUGAAUGCGUAUUUAUUCUGGAAUAUUUGUUAGAACCUGUUGGAGGACAUUUGUUAUCAGACGUGAAGAUUUAGGGGACGGAAUGAUGGUCUUUUAGUAAACCCUGGCUGCAUUAUAUAGCACUGUUUAUACUGUAUAAUGCACUGUGCCUCAUUUUGGCAGCAGCAGUUUAGUUGGGCAACCAUAACUGAUGGAAGCAGUCAGGAUCGUAUUUUGGUUUAUUUGAGGGGUUUCUGAAACUUCACUGUCGGUAUAGGUUGCCUCUUAAAGCACCUCCCAGGUGGAGUGGCCAUUCUGCCUUUAAACCUCCACAAAUCACCUCUAUUUUGACCUUCAUUUUUAGCUCUACCCUCACAGUCACAGUGUUGAGGACACAACCGUUUCACACCUUGACCUAAUUUACAAAGUCACAGAGGUGAACAUUCUCUGUAACCAUAACAGUUACCAUAUUCCUGUCACUGAUGACAACAGAGCACAUGGCGCCUGGCCAUUUCAUUUUUGCCGAGGUCUUUUUUAAAGUGCUUUACAAAAAACUGUUGAAAAUGGAUUUCGAACCAAAAUGUUUACUUUCGUGAGACUGCAGGUAAACGUGGCUUUUUUGCGUGCGGUUAUUUGUCUUAAAAGAUGUGGAGUAUGUAGUUUUCGAUUGCCUUUUAAAAUCCAGCCAUGAAUGAAGCCUACCUCUUUGAGGUCUCGAAAAAGGCCUACAUUUUGCCAGGGAGAACUUAUUCUUAGUUUUAAAAAAAAGUAUGACUAUCUGUGAGGGAUGAGAGUGGUAUUGUAUAUAGGUGAGAUGUUUUGAACACGCAAAUGUCAUGCUUGAAUAUAUGGUCUCAUGUAUCGUUCCUUAGGUUGUCCCUUCUAAAAGUGUGCCUUGUUGCAACCCUGUGAAAGAAAAGGAGAGUUGCCCUGUUGGGGUCAGUAUGCACAUCCAUGUCCAUGGAAAUAUUUUUAAAAACCUGUCGGCGGGCAGGCGCCUGAAGCGAGCAGCUUUAAUCCACACCCCUUUUAGCGGAUUGAGAGGUAUAAUCUGCCCAGCGACAAUGUUGCAAUUACAAUUUGGAAGUCGACCAAGUAAUUUUUGUUUCAAAAUCUGGGUUGUCUGCUUUUCAUUGUCACCUGUGUUGGUGUUUUUAGUAAAGAUAAACGCCAUAGAUGGUUGGUUUAAAAAUGCCAUGAACUUGAGCAGCACAGGCACAGAGGCCCGUUGCUUGGAUAGAAAUAACCCUCCUUUGCCGGCUUUUUCCAGGUCACGGAUGUGCAUGUCCCUUUCUAUGACAGUAACUCACCCAGGCAGGAGUUCUCGCAGUCUAGGGCAACUCCGAUGAAUGAUACUUCUGUGAGAAUGUUAUAUUGCACCUUAUUUAAUAAUUGUACAUAGAUGUAAUAAUAUCACGGUAUGAGAUAUAAAAGAAGCAUGACUGUAACAUUUAUA